GGGAAGCAGUCUUUGCAAGGUGUUUGUCAGCUUUGAAAGACGAGAGGGUGGUGGCAUCGUCGCGUCUCAACAGACCACAAGUAAACCAUGAUGAAGUGAUACCUGACAAGCGAGACUUUAUCAAGCAUAUCAGUAAGGCACUGUACGCGUCGAAGAUUGUCAGUUACGCUCAAGGUUUCAUGCUAAUGGCAGAGGCGAGCCGGAAGUUUGACUGGAAAUUGAACUUUGGCGCAAUCGCGCUGAUGUGGAGGGGUGGAUGCAUAAUCAGAUCGAGAUUCCUCGGUGACAUCAAGAAAGCAUUUGACAAGAAGAAAGAUUUGCAAAAUGUUUUACUGGAUGAUUUCUUCUCCAAAGCGAUGGGAGAUGCGCAGAAUUCCUGGCGUAUUGUCGUAACGUCGGCCAUUCGGUUGGGCAUCCCGGUUCCGGCUAUGUCGGCAGCGUUGGCAUUCUAUGAUGGCUACUCAAGAAAGGCAAGUGAUCAUAUUGCUAGACAUACCAUUUUUACUAGCCUGCCAUAG